AAAAAUAAUUGGAGAGUUUGGAGAUUUUUUUUUUAUAUAUUUUUAACUGAAAAACUAAAACAAAAAAUAAAAACAAAUUUGACAAAAAAAGAUAAGAAAAAAAUUAAAAAAAUAAUUAAGAAAAAAAAAACUGUGUUUGGUGAUUGAAAAAAAAUUUUAAUUCUCUAUAUACAUUAAUUGGAGAAAUAAAUUAACAUUGUUACAUAAAAAAAAAAAAGAGAAAGAAUAAUAUUUCUAUUUUAAAUUAACCUACUACUACUUACCAAUUUAUUCAUUACCUUAUUUACUACUACUUUGUAUACAAGUUUUGUUCGUUUUUAUUUUAACUGUUGGGUUUUCCAAGACGUUGUUGUUGUUGUUCUGUAAUAAAUAACAAAUCAUCAAAAUGUUUAUCGAAGAUGAUGCCCAGAUGGAGAGUUUUUGGGUGCAAACUGCAAUCGGAGCAAUUAAGGUAUUCGCAUUUGUAUGCGAUAUAAUAACAUUACCUGUAUAUUUGGUAUUACAAAGACCAUGGAAACGGAGACAAGCAUCAAGAAGAAUUAAGGGUUUACGUCUUCGUGAUAAACCAGAUGAAAAUAAAUAUAAGGCAGAUGAUGUAGAGGCAAAAGCUUCCAGUCAAGACGAUACUCAAAUUACAUAUCGUUCAACGGAUCCACCGCGUUCUGUUCAUGUUCAAAUGUUGCAGGCAAACAUUGAUACACUUGAAAAAAUGUUUAAUUAUUGUGUAAAAUUACAUUCAAAUAAACGAUGUUUGGGCACUAGACAAAUUUUAAGUGAAGAAGAUGAACUUCAACCUAAUGGACGUGUAUUCAAAAAAUAUAAAAUGGGUGAAUAUAAAUGGAAAACAUUUAUGGAAACUGGUAAAAUGGCAACAAAUUUUGGUCGUGGAUUACGUGAACUUGGACAAAAACCUGGAAAAAAUGUUGUUAUAUUUGCUGAAACACGCGCUGAAUGGAUGAUUGCUGCACAUGGUUGUUUUAAACAAAAUCUUCCAAUAGUUACUGUUUAUGCAACAUUAGGUGAUGAUGGUGUUGCACAUUGUAUAAAUGAAACUGAAGUAGAUUGUGUUAUUACAACACAUGACUUGUUACCAAAAUUUAAACAUUUAUUGGAUAAAGUAACAAAAGUUAAUACAAUUAUUUAUAUGGAAGAUCAAUUGAAGAAAACUGAUACAACAGGAUUUAAGGAAGGAGUAAAAAUUGUUUCAUUUUCUGAUGUUGUUAAAAAUGGAGCGGAAAGCAAAAUCGAGGGUGUGUCUCCAAAAUCUGAGGACGUUGCAAUCAUUAUGUACACAUCUGGUUCAACUGGUACGCCAAAAGGGGUUUUGUUGUCACAUAAAAAUUGUAUUACUACUGUGAAAGGAUUUUGCGAUAAUGUUCGUAUUGAACCAGACGAUCUUCUGAUUGGAUUCUUGCCACUUGCACAUGUGUUUGAAUUACUUGCUGAAAGUGUUUGUUUACUAACUGGUGUUGCUAUUGGCUACUCAACUCCAUUGACUUUAAUUGAUACCAGCAGUAAAAUUAUGAAAGGAUGCAAAGGUGAUGCUACUCUCUUGAAGCCAACUUGUAUGACAACAGUACCAUUAAUUUUGGACAGAAUUUCAAAAGGAAUUAAUGAUAAAGUAAAUGCGCAAUCGCCAUUUAGUAAAGCUUUAUUCCAAUUUUUAUAUCAAUAUAAAGCAAAAUGGUUAUCACGAGGCUAUACAACACCAGUAAUUGAUAGACUAGUAUUUAAAAAGGUAGCAAAAUUGAUGGGGGGACGUGUUCGUGUGCUUAUGUCUGGCGGUGCUCCAUUAUCUCCAGAUACACAUGAGCAAAUUAAAAUUUGUUUAUGCGUUGAUGUUGUUCAAGGUUAUGGAUUAACGGAAACUACUUCAGCUGCCACUGUAACUGAGGAACAAGAUUUAGGAUUUGGAAGAGUAGGGGCACCAUUGACUAUUGCUGAUAUCAGACUUGUGAAUUGGGAAGAAGGAAAUUACAGGGUUACAAAUAAACCAUAUCCACAGGGUGAAGUUGUUAUUGGUGGGGAUUGUGUUUCGCAAGGUUAUUACAAGCUUCCAGAAAAAACCAAAGAUGAUUUCUUCCAAGAAGAUGGAAGACAAUGGUUUAGAACGGGAGAUAUUGGAGAAAUUCACCCUGACGGAGUACUUAAAAUCAUUGAUCGUAAAAAGGAUUUAGUUAAAUUACAAGCAGGUGAAUAUAUUUCACUUGGUAAAGUUGAAGCUGAGUUAAAAACAUGCCCAGUGGUUGAAAAUAUUUGUGUGUAUGGUGAUUCAACAAAACAAUUUUGUGUCGCUUUAGUUGUACCAAAUCAAAAACAUUUAGAGGAAAUUGCCACAAGAAAUGGUAUAACAUUUACUAAAUUUGAAGAUUUAUGUUCAUUACCUAUUAUGGAGAAAGCAGUUAUCAAAGAGAUUGCCGAACAUGCUAAAAAAUGCAAACUACAUAAAUUUGAAAUCCCGGCUGCUAUUACAUUAUGUAAAGAAGUAUGGUCACCAGAUAUGGGAUUAGUUACAGCUGCAUUUAAAUUGAAACGGAAAGAUAUUCAAGAAAGAUAUCAACAUGAUAUUAAUAGAAUGUACGCUUCAUGAAAAUAACGUUAAUUUAAUAAUUAUUAAAAAAAAUAAUUAAAUAAAGAAACCUGUUAAAUAGGUAUAGAAAAGAAAUAAUAAAAUUUGAACUAAAAACACAAAAAUUUAAAUUAAAAUAAAUUAGAAAAUUAGAAGAAAAUAAAAAAAAAUCACAAAAUUUGAGAGAACUGAUUAUGUUCAAACAUUUUAGUUUGAGCCCGACACAAUAGUACGGAAAAAGUUUUUAGAGUAUAAGCAAAAUUUACUAUCCAAGUUUUUGUUUAUUUUUUUUUUUUUAUUAUUAUGUAAAGAAAUAAUAAAUUAUGUUAUAAUUAUUAAUUAUAAUUAAGGUAAUUAUACAUCAUAUAAUAAGAGAUUGUAAUAAAGAAAAUCACAAAAAAAUAAAAGCAAAAUAUUUUUUAAUUCAUUACAAACGUUUACGUAUGAAGAUAAAAAGUUAAAUUAAUAUUUUUAAGUAUGAUUGCAUUGAUUC